AUGUCGAAGGAUAAAGGAGUUUCUUUAACAGAUUUGAAGGUUGAUAUCGAUUAUAAGCAAACCGGGCAAGAAGAAAGUGUAGGAGAUGCCUUAAGAAGACUGGAAUUCCAAAGGCAAGAAAAAUUACAUAUUGUCCCUGUUGAUGAUACAGAGGUUCGUCAAGUGCUUCGAUUCCUUGGUGAACAAGAGGAGAAGACUAAUCAGGAAGACAAUUUCAGCAGAAGGGAAAGAUUAGCUGAGUUAUUCUUUCUUAACAAGGAUUAUCUAACGAAAUAUAAGAAUUCUAAUCUUUUCAAAGGUACUAUUGAUUUGAAUGAGGAGAAGAAAGAUAAUGACUUCGACGAUGAUGAUGAGGAGUUCUAUACACCAGCUAAUGAAUCACUGAUCGAGGCAAGGAAAUAUAUUCUUCGAUAUAGUAUUGAUAAAUCAAGAGAUAAGUUACGAGAACAAAAAGAAAAGGCAAUUAAUUUUAAUAUAGUUACAGAAUUAAAAUCAAGAAGAGGGUUGUAUGAAAAAAUCAAACAAAUCGAACUGGUUGGAUCUGAAGUUGUAUCUACCAGACCUGUGUCAAAAAUAAGAAUAAAUUCAGAUGGUUCUUCAAGUGUAUGUGGGACUUGGGCAGGUGAUGUAAAAAUACUGGAGCCCAAAUCAUUGAAAACUAUUGCAAGUCUUCCGAGCGUCCACGAUGGUAAAAUAGGUGGGCUAGACUGGAACACUUCGUAUGAUUUGAUAGUGAGUGGAGCAGAAGAUGCAUUAGUUAAACUUCAUACUUACAAGGAGGGUCGCCUGGAGACAGCUGCUGUACUUCAAGGCCAUGAAGGUCGUGUAGUAAAUGUAAAAUUCCAUCCCUCGAACAAAUUCAUUGCAAGUGCAUCCUUUGAUCAAACAUGGCGGUUAUGGGAUGUCGAAACUGGAGCAGAAAUACAGCUGCAAGAGGGACAUGCCAAAGAAGUUUACGCUUUGGGAUUUCAACAAGACGGUGCAUUACUUUGUUCUGGUGGUCUAGAUAAUACUGCUAUAAUAUGGGAUCUUAGAUCUGGUAAAUCAAUUAUGACGCUGAAUGGGCAUGCUAAACCGAUUUAUUGUUUAGAUUGGUCCCCUAAUGGGCACGAAGUUGCAACAGGUGGUGGAGAUGGUUUAAUAAAUAUAUGGGAUUUAAGAAAAGCACAAACUCCUCCAAAUAUAUUACCUGCUCAUAGUAAUAUUGUCAGUGAUUUACAUUAUGAAAGGUCACAAGGGAGAUACCUUGUUUCGUGUGGGUAUGAUAGAUGUAUCAAUUUUUUCAGCUCUGACAGCUGGAGAAAAAUCUGUAGUAAAGAGGGACAUACGGAUAAGAUACUUAGCGUUGACUCAUCUGACAAUGCAGACUAUAUGCUAAGUUCCGGUUGGAACAGAUCAAUCAAAUUAUGGCAAAGAUAA